AUGGAUGUGGAUCCAAUUUGUGCCAUGUGUGGAAUUAUGCAAGAGGACACAUUGCAUGCUUUAGUAUCAUGUGGUUAUGCUAACUCCAUAUGGGCGCUAUCUAACAUUCCACUCCCCAAUAUUGUGACAAAUGUUUUCCAUGAGUGGUUUAGUGGAAUGUUAAAUGUUCUAGACACUAAUGAGGUUAUAUAUGCAGCUGCAAUUCUUUAUCAUAUAUGGAGAGCACGAAACGGAGCGGUUUGGGAUGCUUGCUUACCUUUGCCCAGAAAAAUUGUUGCCAACGCAGUAGCCAACAUGCAAGCGUGGAAAGCCGUACACCAUGCCACGGCUGCCGACGAUGUAACUGUCGCCGCCUCCACUGCUGGACUGCCGCCACCGCCACUGCCGGACGAGACCGCAUCUCUGCCGGAGACCGUCCAUGCCGCAGCCCCACGAAAAUGUUAUAUGGAUGCUGGCUACCAACAUGCUACGAAUGCGUCCUCAGUAGGAGCUGUACUACUAGAGCCCGAUGGAAGAUUCGUUGCAGCGUACAAUGCCCCCUUACCAGACUACUUUUCCCCACUCAUGGGCGAGGCUUUUGCGUGUAAGGAGAUCUCAGAAUUUAUUAGCUCAUACCUUAGCUUCUACAGUUUCAGAAUAGUCUACAGCUUUGUAUUUGGACUCAGUCUCCCCUGA